CGUAUGUUGGACUAUGGCCUUGCCUCAUGGGGACCGGAAGCUGUUUGAUAUCGAGAUUGAAAGUCAUCCACAUCUUCUCCAAGUGGAAAACAAGGAAGUUUUAUUACGUUACGUUAAUGACAACGUGAUUGGCGGAGAUGCCAAGUUUGUCGGACCGUUCGGGACGCGUAAAGUUGUCUAUUGUGACUAUACAGCGUCUGGGAGGUCGUUGAAAUUUAUUGAAGACUUUAUACAGGCUGAGGUGUUACCACUCUACGGUAAUACUCACACCACUACCACUGUAACAUCACUUCAGUCGACUCUCUACAGACACGAAGCUCGUGACAUUAUAAGAAAUGCAGUCAAUGCAAGUGAGCAUGACUCUGUCAUCUUCUGUGGUAACGGAUGCACUGGAGCUGUGUAUAAAUUGGUUCACAGUCUGAACCUGAAAUCUACGGGGGAUCAAAGGCCGGUAGUCUUUGUUGGACCAUUUGAACAUCACUCAAACCUCUUACCUUGGAGAGAGGCUGGAACUGAAGUAAUACGUAUCAGAGAAGCUGCUGAUGGUACUGUAGACUUACAAGACUUGGAACUUCAGCUGAAAAGGUAUCAUCAUUCAAAUCGUCAACUGAUUGGUUGCUUUUCAGCAGCUUCUAAUAUCACUGGAAUUUUGACUGACAGUAUAGCUGUGACACAUCUUCUUCAUAAAUACAAUGCUCUGUCAUUUUGGGAUUAUGCAACUGCAGGUCCUUAUUGUGAAAUAGAUAUGAAUCCUGUAGUAAAUGGAGUUUCAGAGCCAUUGGUAUGCAAGGAUGCUGUGUUCUUGUCUCCUCAUAAGUUUGUAGGAGGUGUCAGCUCACCAGGCAUUCUGGUUGCAAAAAAGAGCAUGUUCAAUAGUCCUGUGCCAACGAGUUGUGGUGGCGGAACUGUCUUUUUUGUGUCAAGAACAUCUCACAGGUAUCUGCAGGAGCAUGAGAUGCGGGAAGAGGGAGGAACUCCUAACAUAGUUGGCUGUAUCAGAGCAGGCCUUGCAUUUCAGCUGAAAGAGGCUAUUGGGACUGAGAUUAUUAACAGGAAGGAUGAAGAGUUGGUCAAAAGUGCGAUGUCUGUAUUAGCAUCUCAUCCUAAUAUUACAGUAUUGGGCGACUCUCCAGCUAAACGACUUCCCAUCUUUUCAUUUCUUAUUAACCAUCGUGAAACUGGUCGUUUCUUGCAUUACAACUACGUGUGUGCUCUCCUCAAUGACAUGUUUGGUAUUCAAACUCGUGGAGGUUGCAUGUGUGCUGGACCAUAUGCACAGGAUCUGUUGGGUAUUGACGAGGAACUAGCACUCAAGAUUGAGUCAUUGUUAUUGGAAGAUGGUCGAUUGGACAGAAUUCAUCUUCGAAGGUAUCGAGAAUAUUCAGAUAAGGAGAUUUUGAGACCAGGCGUUGUGCGGCUGAAUUUACCAUACUUUAUGGAUGAGAACACAGUUUCCUUUGUUCUCCAAGCUGUAGUACUUGUUGCUGAUCAUGGCUGGCAAAUGUUACCUCAUUAUAACUUCAACCCUGACACAGGAGAAUGGAGACAUCAUCGUCAUCAGGCAUUCAAAGAUCGCCGUUGGUUGGGCAAUAUAUCCUAUUCUACUGGCAAAUUUACUGUUCGAGAAAGCAAGGCACAAUUGCCAACUGCAAACAGUUUUAAGGAUUGCUUAGAAGGUGCAAAGGAAGCAUUCAGGGUAGCUUAUAAGGGUGCUCCACACUUGGGAGAUCAGACAGUCAUGUUGGGUGAAGAAGGUGAAAAGAUGCGAUGGUUUCUACUACCAAGUGAAGCGCAACAGCUGUUGACAACACAAAUAUGUCCAAUUAUUGCAUCUCUACCCUUCUACCCCCGACACACUAUCAGAGAUUCUAGUAAUGGUGCAAACUUGUCUGAACAAGGGAUUGUUUCUCAGAUGCCCCUGUCAGUUGGUGUGAAGGACUGUGAUUGCAAUAUUGUAAAAGGACGAGAGUGUUGCUUAAACAGUCUACCAGAUAGCAAGGACACCGUGUCAUCUGUGCAUGCCUCCAGGAUUUUAUCAAUGGAAGAUAGAUUAGGAGCUGGUAGAGAGGAAAAGCUGUCUUCUGUGUGUAAAUUUCCAGGUAUUAGCAAAAGUAGUGGUGGUCUUUAUUGCAGCCAGCCUCAUGCUGGUUGUGGUUGUGAUCAAGAGAAGUUGCAAGUGAGUCAGGUGCUGACUUCAUGUCUAACAAAGAACCAGACUGGGGCAGGAAAAUUUGGUAACAAGACAAAUGACAAGCCAAAAUUUUAUUCACCACCAAGGAAGAUUAUGACUCAAACAAUACAUGCUAUUAAUGACUACGAAAUGAUUGCUGACGGUGAUCGAAUACUUGUUGGUUUAUCUGGUGGCAAAGACUCAUUGUCUUUGCUUCAUGCUUUGAAACAGUACCAGUUCUAUGCAAGAUCAAAGGGAAUCAAUUUCAGUUUGGGAGCAGUUACUGUGGACCCUCAAACGUCGUCCUAUGACCCUAGUCCACUUAAAGGUUACUUGGCUAAUCUCAGAGUGCCAUAUUUUUAUGAAACCCAAGGUAUUAUCGAACAGGCAUCUCAACUUGAUAUCUGCAGUUCGAUAUGCAGUUUCUGCUCCAGAAUGAAGCGUGGCUGUUUGUAUUCUUGUCUUCGUCGUGAAGGUUACAACGUUCUGGCUUUAGGCCAACACUUAGAUGAUCUGACAGAAAGCUUUGUGAUGUCUGUUUUUCACAAUGGAUUUCUUCGCACUAUGAAAGCUCACUACACAGAGACAGAAGGUGAUUUGCGGGUUAUCAGGCCAUUUGUCUAUGUCAGAGAGAAGGAUUUACGAAGCUUUGCAAGCAAUGCCAAAUUACCAGUGAUACCAGAGAACUGUCCAGCAUGUUUUGAAGCUCCUAAGGAGAGGCAUCGUACCAAACAACUACUGGCCGCACAGGAAAUCUUAUUCCCGAACAUAUAUCAGAGCCUACUGAGUGCAAUGAAACCACUGAUGAGUAAAAAUCGAACUGGACUGGAAUCACGCCAUUCAGCUGAUCUGUUGUCUCAACUUAGACCUAGACAGAACAUGUUAGAUGAGAGUAGAGAACUCUAGUGUACUUAGGAAGUAACAUAUUGUCAUUUUGUCUGCUUUCUAUUAUGACAGGUCAAAGAUAAAUGUACAGAUGAGAGCUUGAAUGCU